GGUUUUGUUUUUUUUUUUUUUUUGGUAGAAGUAGUAUUUGUAUCAUUGCAUGAAACUGUAAAGUACCUUGUUCCCCUCCGUGUUUUCACAUCUUUAAGUUGAUGGUAUUAAUUUUACAAAUCAUCUUCAGUGCUUGGACUUGCUUUAGUUAUGAAUGAGGAUGAUACCUCAGAAGUCAAACAAGUUUCAUUCUUAUUUCUGUAAGUAAACCCACUUAUAGCCUUGAUCUGCCUUGUUCUGUUUCUUCCACACAAUCAGAAUGGACUAUUUAGCAAGUUGGAAUGGACUAUUAAGCUUGAUGGAAUUAAGUUGCCUGGUAGUAUAUGGAGGCUUGUUUAUUUGUAAAGUUUUGGCUUGUUUUAUCAGUUCUGUUGUAUUUGCAAGGAAGGUAAGCAAAUUAUUAUCUCCAUUUCACUAAACAUCCGAGAAAAAGAUUUUUAUUUUUAUUUUUUUAUUUCGAAUAGCUUAAAAGUAUGUGUAGAACUCAUAGGUGGCAGCCAGCUUCCUUAGUCAGCCACAGUAUAAUUUGGGAAACUACACUAUACCUUAGUUGCAAGAGGAGAAAACAUCCUGAAUCUUUUAGAACUAUACUUUAAAUGUGUUUGAGGUUAUGCUUUCCUUCCUUGGUCCACUCUACUUUUUCUGGAGUUGGAAAAAAAAUGAUGCUUCUACAAAAAAAGUUGGUAGUCCUGUUUGCCUUCAGUUUAAACUGUAAAUUAAGAAUGAAUAAAAACGUGCUUCUCAGCUUCUUGACAUGAACAUAGGAAAUUCCUUGAUUCUUCAGGUGAACAAUAAGGGUUGGGUCUUUGGAGAGCAGGUGAUGCUCUGGGACUACUCUGUGGCCUGUCCCUCACAGCAGGUGCAGAUCUAUAAAGCUGGAAGGUAGAGAAGCUCUUUCAAAAUUUUGUGUGGAAAGGGGGCUAAAAAUAAGUUUUUUUGCUACAAUAACACUAGACAAUACAUUAGGCAUUAUGUCCAAGACCAUCUUACGAGUAAUAAAUUAUGUGGCUUAAUGAUGCUGUUUAUACACAGAAGUUCAAAGAUUGUCCCAAAGAUUUUUUUUGUAGGUUCCUGUGGCAGUAUAACAAGUCCUUUCUGGACUGGGAUCUAGAUGUAGCACCUGAAGGGUGCAGGAGCAGGGAAUAGUUUGCUGGAAUGGUUGGGUACUAUCUUGGCAUUUUGUCACUUUUGCCCUCCCAUCAAGAAUAUAGGGGACCUUGAACAAUUUACAAAGCAGAAUCACUAUCUUUCUGUAAGAUUUUAUUCUAGCUUAGUGCUAGGUAGUUUUUUCCCUAAUAAAUGCUGUGUGCAUCCUUGAUAGUGUGUGAAUCCCAGCCAGGAAGCAACUAGGCUGCAUGUGACUGUCCUUGGGUCAUUCUAAGUGUCCCGAAGCAAAACAGGUUAAAAGUAUCAUUAAGGUGCUACUUUUAGACUAACUGCAGAAACUGAAAAAUAUUUGAAGAUCUUAUUUUACCAUUUAUGUUCUCUUUUUAGGGGAAAGGGAUGGUUUUGGUCCUCCUUGCCCCCAGCUUCACCAAGAUAUAAUUAUGUGUUUGUGUUCCUUAUUUCUAGUUAUUUUUUCACGUUUGGCAGUUCCCAGCUUAAGACUGAAGUCCUCUUAUACAAGGUAAUAUGUAUACAAGUAUGUGAAGAGAUGGGAACUUGGUAGGUGUCAGGUAAGAUCAGAGAAAGGAGGCAUUAUAUUUGUUCCUCAACAAAGGAGAACAGAAAUGUACAAAGUGCUCUAAGUGACGCAGAAAGUCUCCAAUAGCUCUUCUGGUAUUUUUUUUUCCUGUUUCAAAGCUAACGGGCCUUUCCCCUUUUCAAAUCCAUUAUCAUAUUUUUUUAAAAGUGGUGUGUGGUGUUUGGUCUACAAACCAAGGAAAAGAUUUGAAAUUGAGGAUGAUCUUUAGUGUUAAAUAAAUUAACUUUAGUAGAAACAAGCUUAAAAUAAAACUAACUAAAACUUUGCUUGGGAGCCUGAACUGAGUAUAUGUUGUCCAUUACAGGAAUUUCAAUUUUAACUAAGCCAUUUUAGAAAAGAAAAAAAAUGUAAUACUGCUGUUUUAAUGCAUGGAAACUCAGGAACCCCUGUGAAGAGUAAGGAAAGGAUUUAUGCACAGCUGUGAGAGAUUAUUCUUUCUCCCCUCUGUGGGUAGGGGAGUGGGCAGCAGAGAUGUGCAUUGUAUCUAUGGGUUAUAUUGCCCGUUACCUUCCCUUUAAAAGACCAACACAAACCUUGUUGAAAUACUCCACUAAAAGCAACCAACUCUUUCAUUUCUGUGAGCCCAAACUGAAAAGGAUGCAUCCAGCUCCAAACUCUCCCAUUUCCCUUCUGCUUAUCCCCCUGUAACAUGUGGUGAAUGCUGGCUCCUGCCCCUUCUCCUGGGGGGCUGCAGCAGAAGGUAGGGAGGUGCUGAGGAGCUGCUGGAGGUUUCUGAGCUUUCCACGUCACUGUCAGCAUGUGUUCAGCCCUGCCUGAUGCUCCAGAGAAGAUGGGAUCCUGCCCCAAGGAGAGCGUGGAUCUCAAGGAAUAAUAGGUUGCUGAUGACAGGCAGCUGGGCUGCUCUGGGCUAAAAGAGCUGGCCUUGAGCCUUGGUCUGCAGGAUGCAGAGGGAAAGAAGGGCUGGAAAGCAGUGAUGAGCCUAUUGUGGCAAAUGAGCCAACAACUGGCUGAUUGACACUGUGAGCCCAUCGUCGCUCCCUUUGCUCUUAGAUGCAGCUGUGGAGAAUGAAGAAGUUGAGGGUGUGGGGGGAAGAAGAAAAAAAAAAAGGAUAAAUCAGAUUUCUAGUGUCCAAAGAGGCAAAGGUCAUAAAUUAAAACCGCAUAAAUUCCAUCUGAAUGCAGGAAAAUCUUUUUUCCUGCAUGGGUGCUCCAACACUGUAACAGGUUCAGGGUGUUUGUAGAGUUGCUCUCUGUUGGAGCUACUCAGAACAUGAUGGGACACCGUUCUGGGCAGCUGGCUCUAGCUGACCCUGCUUGUGAAGAGGGGGGGUCGGACUAGAUGAUCUCCAGAUGUCCCUUCUGACCUCAACUGUUCUGUGAAAGCUUCGUUAAUAUUUGGAUGUAUUCUUUAGCUGCUGUUGUGGAACACUUGGGAAAUAAUUACAAAUGCUCCUGCUGGGCAUUUGUCUCACAAAUGCCGCUGCUGUGUAAUCAUGGCAGUUUUAAUUGUAUAGGGAAAGCAUCCAAGUGUUAAAAUAGUUAAUUGACUAAACUCUCCGAUUUAAGCAGAAAAAGCAAAAAAAACCCUACCAGCACCACCAACCCAAAACUCCCCCCAAGACCCCAAACCACCCCAGAGCUUAAAAGACUUUUUUUUUUUUUUUUAGUGUUUUAACCUCAUAAAAAUGGCAAUAAAAAGUAACUUUAAUAUAAUUUAUAUGAAGUCACUAAACAUAAGAAACAAAAAUAUAAAAAGUAGUUGGUUCCCCUCCCUUCCAAGUCCCUGUAUUUUUGCCAUAAUGGAAAAUCUAAAACACUGUAUGAAAAAGGAAGGAAAAGUGCAGGAAGAGAAGAGGAACAGGAGAGAGAAUCCUAGAGAUCUCACCAAACUCUGUCGUUUAUUCCUUUAAGCUCACAUCUGAUUAAGACGUGAGAUGAUUUGAACAAACUUUACUGCAACUAUUUUUCUUUCCCGGGCUCUUCCAGCCCUCCCCCAGCCCUCUGCGUUUUGCGUAGCCCUCAGAAAGACUGCAGUGCAGUAAUUGGGAAGGAGGGAAUUGCUGGGAGGGAAAAUCAAGCUAUGGUGGCCCCUCUUGCAGCGUUGCGUGGCUGAGAUCUGCAUUUUGGAAGAGGAGGUGAUGAACAGCUGCCUCCAGGUUCUGAACUGGCUGAUCGGAGUGCCUGCAAAAAAAAAAAAAAAAAAGCUGUGGAUAAGUUUUCAUUAAGUGUCCCUGGUGUGUGUGUGGCGUGCCAGACAGCCUGUGAGUUUAUUGAUGAAGCUGUUGGUCUUUGAUAUGAAACGCUUGCAGUUUCUGCCUAAUACUUUGUUUUUUAAUCCUCUGUGCUCAGACAGUGGAGAAUAAGCUCCCUGUAACCGCUGAGGCCGAUCCAUCUUCACAGCAUCCUCUGCAGGAUGACAGCUGGGAACACGCUGCCCAGGUGGGCCCUUGGUGCCUCUCUGCUUAGUGUCAUCUGGGAACGCCGCUGCUCCGGCGCCACGGAAUAGCUCCUCACAUCUGCCAGAGUUCACGGGCGCCGCUGGGCUCUGUGGGCAAAGAAAGAAACCGGGCAGACUAUAGCAAAGCUUCCUUUAUUGGCAAGAGUAAAGAGAACUCUAACAGAGCAUUGAGAAAACCUAUUCUCCUUUCUCCUCAAGCUGCCGAUCACAUGAGAUUCAGAUAAAACGAAGGAAAUAAACUAUCUUAGAGCAUGGACACCAGUAAGAAGACAGAACCCCCUUUAUCUGUAGAAAUGGUACAACAAAGAGCCAAUCCUGAUCGCAGUCCUUCAGCAUCGAUUUAUGUUCCAGAGCAAGGUGGCUACAAAGAGAAAUUUGUAAAUGCUGUGGAAGAUAAGUAUAAAUGUGAAAAAUGUCACCUCAUCUUAUGCAAUCCUAAACAGACUGAAUGUGGACACAGAUUCUGCGAGACCUGCAUGAAUGCCUUGCUAAGUUCUUCUAGUCCAAAAUGUACAGCGUGUCAAGAAAGCAUAGUAAAAGAUAAGGUAUUUAAAGAUAAUUGUUGCAGGAGAGAACUCCUUGCCCUUCAAAUAUACUGCAGAAAUGAAAACAAGGGCUGUAAAGAACAACUGUCUUUGGGUCAGUUACUGAUGCAUUUGAAAACUGAUUGUCAGUUUGAAGAACUCUCAUGUCCUCGUGCUGAUUGCAAAGAAAAAAUACUGAGAAAAGAUUUGCCAGACCAUGUAGAGAAGACCUGUAAAUACCGGGAGACAACCUGUAAAUACUGUAAAAGCCAAGUCCCAAUGAUUAUGUUGCAGAAACAUGAAGAUACAGACUGCCCGUGUGUCAUGGUGUCAUGUCCUCAUAAAUGUAGUGUUAAAACACUCAUGAGGAGCGAGUUGAAUGCACAUUUGUCAGAAUGUAUUAAUGCCCCAAGUACCUGUAGUUUUAAGCGUUAUGGCUGCACUUUUCAGGGAACAAACCAACAAAUUAAAGCACAUGAAGCCAGCUCAGCAGUGCAGCAUGUUAACUUAUUGAAAGAGUGGAGCAAUGCUCUAGAAAAUAAGGUGGCCUUGCUCCAGAAUGAAAGUUUGGAAAAGAACAAGAGUAUUCAAACUUUACAUAAUCAGAUUUGUAGCUUUGAAAUAGAAAUUGAAAGACAGAAGGAAAUGCUGCGGAAUAAUGAAUCUAAAAUACUUCACUUACAGCGAGUGAUAGACAGCCAAGCGGAGAAGCUGAAAGAACUGGACAAAGAAAUCCGUCCCUUCCGCCAGAACUGGGAGGAGGCUGACAGCAUGAAGAGCAGUGUGGAAUCCCUCCAGAACAGAGUGACUGAGCUGGAAAGUGUUGAUAAAACCGCGGGGCAAGGAGCUCGAAAUACAAGCCUGCUAGAGACACAGCUGAGCAGACACGAUCAGAUGCUUAGUGUUCACGAUAUUCGGCUGGCUGACAUGGACCUCCGAUUCCAGGUUUUAGAAACUGCCAGUUACAACGGAGUAUUAAUUUGGAAAAUUCGAGAUUAUAAACGUCGGAAGCAAGAGGCAGUCAUGGGGAAGACUCUGUCCUUGUACAGCCAACCCUUUUAUACUGGAUACUUUGGCUACAAGAUGUGUGCCAGAGUUUACCUCAAUGGAGAUGGCAUGGGAAAGGGGACGCACUUGUCGCUGUUUUUUGUCAUAAUGCGUGGAGAAUACGAUGCGUUGCUUCCUUGGCCCUUUAAACAGAAAGUGACUCUCAUGUUAAUGGAUCAGGGACCGUCUCGGCGCCACUUAGGAGAUGCUUUCAAGCCAGAUCCAAACAGCAGCAGUUUCAAGAAGCCAACUGGAGAAAUGAACAUUGCGUCCGGCUGCCCGGUCUUUGUGGCUCAAACUGUUCUAGAGAAUGGAACGUAUAUUAAAGAUGAUACUAUUUUUAUUAAAGUCAUAGUGGAUACAUCGGAUCUACCAGACCCCUGACAUACAAUGGGGGAGGCGGAUUAAACAGAAGACAACUCCGUUUGGGGGUUUUAUAUCAGUUUGUCUUCAGUCAGAGGUCCUAAAGCUCACAGAACCACCUUGUGGAACAGACGGAAGAGUUUGAAGGCAUAACUGCAUAGGGUCCAAUUGCGAAAGUAGCAACACAUUAAGAAAUCAUACCAUGGUAUAUUUUUUAAUAGAACUAGCAACACUUAAGCUCUGAAGAAUCACUUAUCCCUCAUGAGGAUAAUGAUUAUGGUCAGAGAGGAUUUUUUUUUUAACUUAUUAAUGAUCUAGUCAAUUGGAGGUAAAAAGACAUAUACAGUAUGUGCUGAAUAAAUUACUGACUUUUCUUUCUUUAAGCUAGAAUACAAAAAAAAAAACUUCACACGUGGGCUAGCUGGAAAUUGUCAGCAUGUUAAAAGAAGAAAUGAUGAAGUCAUGUUGCAAUUAUGAUAUUAUUUGAAAAACUGAGGUGCAAUCUUGUCUGAAAUAUAGUAUAUUGUCUUUUUAAGGCCUCAUCUGGUCUCUGUUUUAAUAAUUACUUUGUCAGAAGAUCUUGGAAAAGCAUCCAUGUCUUCUCAAAAGUAUCUGAAUCAAAAUCAUAUUUUUAUUUAAAGUUCUAUUGUUACAGAAAACAUUUUAUUUUAAAACUGUUGAUAGACUGAUAUUUCUUGGAAGAAAAAUAGAAGAUAUCAAACACUGGUUAUCACUUGUGAUAGGAAAAAAAACUAUUCAAUUCUGUUAUUUCUCUUUAGAAAUGUAAACCUACAAUAUAUGUCGUAGUUAAUGACACUAUUUCAAAAUUAAGGAAAAAUCACUCAUGGAUGCUGUGCAUCAUUAUCAGAUUUAUAAUUGUUUUCACCCUAAAAUAGGGCAUUUGUUGAACUUUGGAGUUCUAAACGGAAUCCUGUACAUUUUUUAAAGUUCUGCCCCAUGCUUUCCAAUCAAGCUAUAUAUGUUGCACAUUAUGCUGUCAGCAGUAUAUAGUAUUUUCAGUAUUGGGGAGGAGGAUUAGUGCUGAAAAAAGCCUAUAUGUUUGUUCUGUACUAGCAGCCAUUGCUUCUUAAGGACAAAUCAGCAAUGUCUUAAUGCAGUGAUGGUGGCUUGCAUGCAUACAUGUGCCUUAGAUGUGCUGUGCUGCUUAUAAACCAUAGCUUUUUAUUCAGAUUAAUUCUGAUAUCUGAAACGGUAGUUUAAUUGGACUUCAGGCAUAAUGUUUAGCCUUGUCUUCAGAGCCCUUAGGUACCUUGCCAUGUACAGAAUAGAAGCCAAGGCCCCCUUCUUUGGCUUCCAGAGCUUCUAUGACUUGGCCAUGGUGGGAUCCAUCUUUUUCAGGUGCCAAAACGUUAUGCUCAGAGCUCCUAUGGAGCUUGGACUGGACAGUCUCCAUGGCCACUGCGAAGGCAGGUGACAUUUGUCCUCUAAUGCCUGUGGUUGUAAGGUGGCAUCACUUGAAACGGACCCAUCUGAGACUUCUGUGGGGCUGGGAAUGUGUACGCUCAUGGCAGCUUUUCAUGGCGGACAAGCAUCCUAACAGGGAAUGCACGGGCUUCUUUCUUGUGACAGCCUGAACUGUAGUGGAAAGCAUUUGCUUGCCCUGAAACAUGCUGAUUGCAACCUGCUGUCUUCAUCUGCUUCUAUUUAAUAGCCUGUGACAAGCAAGUCUAGAGACAUAGCCUGACUGUGGUGCUCUUUAAAAUCCGAGAACCGCUUAAGCAGAGCAGACUCGCACCACUGUGUUUUCAGCCUUCGUGGGCUUGAAAGAAGACCUUGCAUCUCGGCCUAUUAACGUCAGGUUGUAUCACUUUUCUGCUUUCUUGAGGCAUAGUCACAGUUUUCAUCUAAGGUGCAGUUGAAUUCAUGCCUUUGUAUUUCAGCUUGUCUUUUGCCGUUGUCUUUUUUGGCUGUGCCUUCACACACAGUGCCUGCAAGAAGUAUUUAUGGAUAUAACAAUGCAUGCUAAGUGGUCUUCAUGGGUUUCCCAGGCACCUGCUAGAAUACUGCCUGCUGCUGCUGACCCUCGCAACCGUCGGCAGCAACUUGUCUUCCUUUACUUGCCUUCCAUUGUCCAGGUACUGUACUCCCUCUAUGGUACAUCGCUGUCAACAGGUGCAAGCUCAAACAUGGAGGCACGUGCUGGCAUUGGAUUUCCAGCACGGAAGGAGGACGUUCUGCACAAGAGAUAAAUAUCUAUAGAUAUACCCACACCUAUAUCUCUAGAUAUAACUGUAUGGCACUUGCAGUUUUAUGCAGGCUGCAUAAGCAAACCCAUCACUUAACGCUUCAGGGCGAAGGUUCGCUCGACUUGUGUCAUUUUAAUAAUUGUGAAUGUAGGCAGCUGAGCUUUUGUGUUUGUGCAUCACAGAAUUUUACUGAAAACAGGAUUCCCAAGUGGAAAUGUCCAAAGGACUCUCCUCCCAUUGCUAAUGCAUGUCUUGUAAACUUAAAUGAAACCGUUUGGCCAUCUCAAAACAGUUAAUAUCCUGUUUCAAUCUGGGACUUGGAGGAGAUUUCUAGUAUAAGCAGGGCCCAGCAUAUUCUGCAGAUUUGUGACUACAGUUUCCAACUCCUGUGACAGAAUUGCGUUUCUAAAUCCAGGCUCUUUAAAAGAGGAGGAAAAAAGAGUUUCCAGCCUUUGUGAUUGAAAGAGGACUUUGAAAACAUGCGAAAAGUGUAAACUAAUAGGGAAGUCUUCCUGAGUCUGCACGCAGCCUAAUCUAGUAGCUUUAAGAGAUCUGAAUAUCUCCUCUUAGUGGGAUAUUGACUCAGAAACUUCAUAGAGAAGUUUAAAUAUGAACACUGCUAACUAUAUUAAUGCCGAUCACUGUAGCAGAAACAUCAGUCACUGUUGUAUUUCACAGAUCUCUAUGCUGCUUUCCACAUCUCCCAAGUGCCAAAAGCACCAGCUGCCAGAAAUCUUCAGCUUCACUUGGGCAGCUUUUAUAAUGCAGUAAUGUGCUAUCGAUAUAAAAAUAUUUUUGCAUAUAUGCUUUUUAUCACGGUUAAUAAAAUGGAGGCCUACUGCACUUAUUUUUUAAAACUACAUGAAGCUGCCAGAGAAUUUCCAGUUUGCCAACCCUGCGUACUGUGAAAUCCAGGAUCUCGCUACACAAACGUAGACACCGCCUGCUGUGGAAUACCUGAAGCCUUGACUGUAACACCCCUUUCUCCGCAGAACUCGCGGGCCAUCUCUGUAGAGUUCUUACUGUGUACAUAGAAAUCGGUUUCCUCUGCUUUCCAGCAAGGAGUAUGUAGCAUUUUGUGAAAACAAGGCCACUGUAUAUUCUCUAAAUUGAAAGGAAAAGAUACCUGGUGCUUUACUCAACACUUUAAAUUGAUUAACUUUUUCUCUCAUUGUUGAAAUGCCCUUUAUCCUUUUUUCUGUAUGUUCCUGACCCAGACAUCCAAAGUUUUCUAGGGACUGUCUGUUUAAAAUUAUUUAUGGGGCAGCAGUCUGCCCCAACACGUCCUCUUGGAAUCCUGGCUAACUCCUGUGGUGCGCCAUUAUUGCAAGGGGGUCCCAGAGUAUUUGCAUUUACUUUGGACAGAGUUUCUUCAGUGGAACCUUUUUUUCUUCUGCUUAGUAAUUCCUAGCAGCGCACAAGUGAAGCCUCUUGCUGGUGUUUUCUUAACAAUGAUGCGCCGAGUUACGUACAAGCCUCUUCCAGCUUUCUCUAGGGAGAUUCCAGUGUGUGACAACCUGGAUGUUGCCCUUUUUGUACACUCUUCAUCACAGGGUGUGUGCAUCUGUUACCUAGAAAGUCUUGAAUUCUAAGCAGGAUGAAACUAUUUGGGUGUUUGAAAGACCAACCUGCAAUUAUGAUGCAUGACCAUGUCUGCAUUACUUCUCUGAUCUAAUUAAAGGGGUCUUGUUUCAGUUACUGUCUACAUGGUACACCUUCAACUGCUGACUUACAAUAUGCAAUGUUGAUUUCAGCCUUGUACUGUAAAUGUUGUUCUUCACAAAGAGAAUGUGCAAUAGGAAAAGGGGAUGAUGGGUGGCAUAAUUUUGAUGGGGAAAAAAAUUAACGUUGUGGGGUAACAUGCUAGCUUUCUUACAAAUAUGAAAUGUGGUUUGUUUCCUUUUCCCAUGGGUUUUCCUGCUUGGGAAAGGAAAGUUUGAAGAUACGUGCCUGUUUCUGUGCCUGGUGAAUUUCUCAAAUGCGCAGAUAAUAGAGAUUUGUGAUAGUUGUAAUUUAAGUGUUGAACCCAUGAGUGUUAGGUUGUGAUUGUAUCGCUCGUGUUUCUCGGCUUGCCGCGAUUAUGGCUUGUUGAGAUGUGAGUUUAAAAGCUGCCACCUAUUUGUAUCUGUAUUCCAUCGCGUGGGAUAGGCAUUUCACCAACAAUACAGGGUUUCUGUUGUUGUUCUGUUUCCUUUUUAAAACACUGGUGCUGUUCGGUCCAAGGCAGAGAAGUGUAUAGGGAGUGACAAGAAAAGUUGCCUGCACUGCAGAAGAGUGAAAAAUGUGACUGCAGUAUCGAUGCCUUGAUGUGAUUUAACUAUGCAAAUAUACAAAUAGGUGAGGGGGAAAAAUUCUUGGGUUGCGUACCUAAUCUCUUAGUUUUUGCUCUGUGAAUUACUCGUACGUGUGUAGGUACAUACAUAUACACACAGACAUGCAUGCACAUAUAUAUGCAAAGUCUUUUCUUUACGUAGAAGUGAUGAAACAAAACCCUUUCCUCCAAAUUAUACUUGAUCAAGUGGUGCAAAUAUAACUUGCUGCUGCUAAGGGAGGAUCUUGGCUAAGGGCAAACUUUGGAUUCACAUCUUCCAGGUUUGAAGACCUGUAUAUAGCAAACAAACAGUUUGUUUAGCCUUUCUGAAGACCUUGGAAUGUCAUCUAGGCCCCACGUCCUUCCUCAUACUCCGCUAAUUUGGAGGUUGCUGUAUUUUAAACAAACAUAGUGAUGGGCAACUUGCUAAUUGUAAAUUCUUUCCUUAAUUUGGGAAUGAAAUAUUAUAAAAAGUAGCUGGGCCUCUUUCUGGAAUUCCUAUCCUGUUCAGUCGAUACCUCUAUAUUCUGGUUGACCUAGAAAUUGUAGCUACUGCAAUAAAAGCGAUUGGUUCUGGAAUUCAGUCUGUCCGAGGGCAGUUUUUAGUGCUAUAUACAGCUUAGUAAGCACUUUGCAUCCACAAACACGGUCUUCUUAUAGCAAGUGCUAUUUGUCUUUUCUGAAAAAAGGAAAUCAAGGAUGAGAUGUGAAGCGACUUGCCCAGAGUCACAAAAGGAAUCUCCCGGAGCCAGGAUUGAAUGAGAGGUUCCAUUUCUCUAGUGUUAUCUUGAAAUCACUAGGUUUUACUCUUUUUAAUACGUUUGUCCUUUUAAAGGAACUGAAAAACAAGUUGACGUACCUUAAAAGACCCAUGUCAGGACAGUAAGGGCUAGAAUCAAACACACAAGCUGUCGUGAUUUGGGGUUGUACGCGUACGGUAGCCCAGGGGGUGGUGCUUUGCAGGACCUGCAGAGCAGAUGGCCCAGCGCGGUGCGUCGGGGUGAAUAACAUCAGCAAAUGUGCGUCCUGCUCCGUUUGUUCAGUCUCGCCCAACAUCAGUCAGUCUCAUUUGAUGCUCGUCUUAACGGAGGAGGAGGGAGCGUGCCGUUUUCGAGUGAAGUUGGGUUGAUCUUUGUUCCACCAGCCUGUUUUGUGACUGACCGUUUCUUUCUUGUGGGGCUUUCUCCCCUUUUCUUUAAACCAAAAUAUGGAGGGCUUAAUUGUUCUUUCCUGCCUCUUAAUCCAGGCCUUUUGCUGAGAAGCACCAGAUAGGAAGGUUGUGGAAAACUUUGGAAUGCUGAUUCAGGGACAUCCUCUUAAGAUUUAGAAGAGUAGAGAUAUACAACACAUAAGGGAUCUGACUAUUCCUAUUUCUCUUCUAAUUUGUGGUCAAGACUGCAGCUUCUGUCUUCCAUUUCAUGAUCUUAGUGUAGAUACUAGGCUGUGUUCGUUUAGUUCUUUUCCCUCCAAGUUAGGAUUAGUUCCUUAGGGUUCAAAUAAGUUCUAAAUUUCACAGAGAAGCACCUGAACCAAAAUCCUGGAUCCAAACAUCCCAGACUUGAUGUGGAAUUCAAAUCUGGAUCCCAACUCUGUGGCUUACUGACCUACCCCUUUCGGGAAGGGUUUGUUGUCUCCGUGGUGUUUGUGUUUUUGGUCCUUUGGAACUAAGCUUUUAAUUUGGUUGCCAGUUCUGCAAGGACUUUUUAACUUCUUAGCGAUGCCGGUGUUCACACGCUCCAUUGCUGGCAGUGUGAUGCGUAGUGAUAAAAUUUGACUCUGUCUAAGGGUUACUGAGAUAAACCAGCAUUAUCAUUCGUAAGGGUCAUUUUCUUGCAUAGUGUUCUGAGCUUUGGAUUUGAAUAUAGCUCACCUCUGAAAGGACACAUCUUCCAACUAUGACCUGCGUCACUGGCAGAGAGUUGUAUAAUCUGUACUUGUGGAAUGGGAAGGUACAAGCUUCCAUUGUUGCUGAUGCAUCAUGUGAUCCACCUAUUUUGUUUUUCUUAUAGCUGUUGUUCGGUUGAAAUAUAUAUUAUUUUUUUUUCAGUUUUAUAGAAAAAAAGAAAACAACAGGGGAAGUUCAGGAUUUUUUCUACAAGGUAUAAAACUCCAAUGAUUUAGUGGUGACUAGACAGCUGUGAAAAAUACCCCAUUAGGAGAUGAUGGGCUGAACGUAGGUCCAUUUCUCUUAGACAAGUAGGAUAACCUUUUAAAACGCAUGGAACAACGUAAUAAUCGGGAAAACUAAAGCUGACAUUUGUUUCCAAGAAAUUCUGUAAGAAAUAUCUAUGGAAAAGACAUCAGUGAUUGAGAAUAAUGUACAAAAUAACGUGUUUGAAACUUGUGUAUCCAUUUCUUUAAUCUCAUACUCUUCAGUGAACGGUACACUUGUGUUCAGUUUUAUGAUCAAAAACAAAGACCAAAGAAGGCCAACCUCAUUUGAUUGUGUAUAUUCUGCCUGUCUUAAUUAUCAGUAGCUGUAAGGAUACAGUGCAAGUGAUCUGGUAACCAGUGGUUCUCGUCCUUUUCUUUUAGGGGGAAAAACAACUUUAAAAUGUAUAAUUUAUUGCUCAGCAAUAACCAUGUUGUUAAAAUAAUAAUAAUAAUUAAAAAAAAAAGGAAUUAGCAACAUGUCUUAAUUUCCCAAUAGCAUUAUUAUAUGUUGUAUUUCAGUUUAUUGUAUAUUGUGUUUUUGUAUUUAUUUGUGUUUGGAGGUCUUGCUAUGUCUUUUUGUGUUUAAAUGCUAAUAAACAAGGACAGUGUGUAAGAGUGUAGAAUGCCAAACUCUGAAAUGCUAAACUGUGUUAUUAAAGGAAAAAAAUAAAUCUAAGUAGGAAAUCAUAUUUUUUAAAAAAA